AUGGAUUUUUGUUUUGCUCCCAGGAAUUGUUGUUUAUAUCUCACCAUCAUUUUCCUUUCACUGUUCUCGCCGCUCUCCGAGUGCAACCAGUUUUGUGAUGCUGGGAUUGCAUAUGGCGAGUCGGCAUGUGGAGCUGUUCCAGCUUACCCUUCAAAGAUUUUGAUAAAGGGAGGUACUGUUGUGAAUGCCCAUCAUCAAGAAAUCGCUGAUGUGUACAUAGAAGAUGGAAUAAUCGUCGCAGUACAGUACAAUAUUGUGGUUGGAGAUGAUGUUAAAAUUAUUGACGCCACUGGAAAGUUUGUCAUGCCAGGAGGUAUUGAUCCACAUACACACUUGGCCAUGGAGUUCAUGGGCACCGAAACUAUUGACGAUUUUUUCAGCGGGCAGGCUGCUGCAUUGGCUGGUGGGACCACAAUGCAUAUCGAUUUUGUUAUUCCAGUGAAUGGGAGUUUAUCAGCUGGCCUCGAGUCUUAUGUGAAAAAGGCAGAAAGAUCGAUCACCGAUUAUGGUUUCCACAUGGCAAUAACUAAAUGGGACGAAACCGUUUCAAGAGAAAUGGAGGUUAUGGUCAAGGACAAAGGGAUUAAUUCCUUCAAAUUUUUCUUGGCCUAUAAGGGUUCGCUAAUGAUCAAUGAUGACCUUCUGAUCGAGGGGUUCAAGAAAUGCAAAUCUCUUGGUGCCUUGGCCAUGGUUCACGCGGAGAAUGGAGAUGCAGUAUUUGAAGGGCAGAAGAGAAUGAUUGAACUUGGCAUUGUGGGUCCCGAGGGCCAUGCUCUUUCAAGGCCACCAGUGGUAAAAGUCGUUUUUAUCUUUAUGUUGAAGCAUGGGGAUACAGCUAAAUUUCGAUAG